UCAAUGAUCAAUUUCUGCUGCUCAAUAGGUUAUCGCUAAACAAUAAUAAUACAGGGAAAAACGGUUCAUCAAUUGAUUGACUCUGAUGUCAACUAGGUAAAUGUACGCAAUCAAGUCACUUACGGUACUUUCCAAAACAUCUUAGAUCUGUAGUAGUUCCAUUGUCGCUAAAUAAAACACUUCUCCAACAUGUUGAUCACGCAUUCGGCGUUGGCGCGCCGAAAGAGAGAAUCAAAACAAAUCUUCAAUAGCAGGUGAUCGUAUUCCAACAUACCGUCCACGAAAGAGAGACCCUAUUGAAGUCCCAACACAAGCUUAAAGCCCGUCUGGCUGGGAGCCCAACCGAAGCUCUAUUCGUAACAGUUGAGAGUGAGCGGCGAACCGAGCCGGACGCUUAUCGGAAAGCACACGAUCGUGAUCAGCUCCAGCCCAGGUGCGUUCCAUUGCAGAGCAAAACCUGAAGAAAGUGACUCAUGCUCGCAUACUCGCUUUGCUGGGGCCAAUCGUGGAAACGGGUACACAGUCUACACUGGAUGGAUGGAAAGUAGUGGACAUGUCUUGUUGUGCAACUCUGGCGUCGAUAUCAUAACAUUCUGUGCUGUUCGGAAUACAAUGUGAUUGAUAGGAAACUCGUGGAAGAUUGUGAAUCAAGUGAGUGAGAAUGCGGAUGCUUAGUGAUACGUUUGGUGUUUUGGCGAUCGCCACCAUCGUCACGGUUAUUGAUCAAGCUGCGGCGGUCAAUUUGGUGGCUUACAUAUCGCAGUUCGGUCUACAUGGGGAGAUCUCUUUCUCCCAGUAUUCAGACCGGCAGGUCCAGAUAAGCUCCGAUUUGGAAACAACUCUGCAAUACCCUGAUCAGGCGUGGAGUUGGGGCGUAUAUCAGUUGCCGGUGGACUACGCGAUCGUGGAUGGACGGGAAAGGUGUGACGUGAAGCAACUCGGAGAACAGUUGUGGUCGUUUGACGAUGACUUGGGAUUUCUAACGCUGCCCGGGAAUGAGUCCGUGCAAUGGCUGAGCGACAUUCCGUUGACCGGAGAAAAGGGUCUGUGGGGGAAAUCUCUGGUGCUGUUCGAUCCGAACAGUGGUUUUAGGGUUUGUGCUACGAUCACGACUCGCGAUGGAUCUCAGGAUCAUAUUGCAGAAGCCAGGUUCAACAGUCCCAUCACGGGGUCAAUCUAUUUUCGGUGGCUAGCGGCCAAGGAGACGAAUCACUCGGAUACGUUGAUCUACUCAAAUCUGUUUCACAUCAGGGAGCAGUCCAGGAAACUCAACAAUCCCGCUUUUACCGAGCACUCGUGGAAAAUUUACGUGACGGACAUCUUCGAAAACGAUAAUGCCGAGGAGAACUGCAACAAACUCCAGCUAGUGUUCGACCCUCAAGUACGAGGCACCGGAAAAGCUAUCGGUGACAUAGACACUCGCCUCGGAAACCUAAAGAUCACUACCAACUCUCAGAAGAACAAAUUCCCACAGCUGUUCAACGAUCGGGAGCUGCGGUUGUUACCCAGUGAUCUCUACGGACCAUCCCGUAAGCUGUACGUUGUAAUCUUCGACCCUAUUCACCCGGACACGUUCCUUGCCUGCUCGAAAAUUCGUCAUCUGAAGGCGAAAUCUGCCCGAGCUAUGGUCAACGGUCAAGGAAUGCGAGGGGAAAUUCGAUUCGUCCAGCGAUCACGAUUUGAACCAACCUGGAUCAAUGCUUCGUUCGCAUCUGUUACCAACAACCUUCAAGAUAACGUUAACUAUGCCAAAGAUGUCGCUAGUUUCAAGAUCAAUCAACUACCUCUACAGUCCUACUCAGCCAAUCAGGACACUUUCUGUCAUACCUCUGGAUCAACCUUCAAUCCAACCAACGUCGAAAUGCAAAGUACCCCUCCACCUGGUUAUGGGACGCAAGAUCAGUACCCGAUUGGAGACCUCACCGGGAAGCUUACAGGUCGUAAUAAAAGGGAAACCCACCGGAUGUUCCUCCCUGGAACAAGUGCCGAACUUAGUGGAUUCUACUGGGAUGCUUUCCUUCCACUGCAGGGAAGGCACAGCGUAAUACACCGAGGAUUCAGUGUACAACGCUACAACCGUACUGAUCCCACCAACAUCACACAUACGCCGUGGGCUUGUGGGCCUGUUACUCUCUACGAAAUCAGCCGUUCUUACCAAAUUCCCAUAGUUACGGCUCAAGUUCUGUUCCGGUAUCCGAUCGUCGGGAGAAUCCUGUUCCGACAGGUUAAGGACGAGUUCUGGAGCGAUACGGCCGUGAUCUUUGAAUACCUUAUCCACGCAGAUGGAUCAACGGUUAACAAUACAGCCGAGCAUCGGUGGACAAUAACAGAUCAACCGCCGGGGAAGGACUUUUACGACUGGCAGAAUCGGUGCGUUAGCUCGGGUGGAAUUUACAACCCGCAGAAGGUUUCGGUUGGUGUUUCCAACUGGGAAGAACGAUGUGCUUCCCAUUCACCGGAACUGUGCCGCAUGGGUGAUCUUUCCAAUCGACUGGGAAUGCUGGAAAUCGCUGGAGGGAAAGCAGACGCCGAGCGGAUAAGCCGACGGAUGUUUGUCGAUGGAAAUCUCCCGCUGAGUGGCUUUGCUAGUAUCAUUGGGCGAUCCUUGGUGAUCUACGACGAUCACGGACCGAAAGCUAGAGGUGAACGUUUGGCUUGUUCAAUAAUCGGAGGAUAUCACCGACGGAAAGUUGUAGCAAGAGACUGGUACUCCAACGGAGACCCGUUGACAAUCAAAGGAAAGUUAGAAAUGGUACAACAGUCCGAGUACGACUUGACGAAUGUUGAGGUCGAUUUCAAGGGUCUGAUAGAAAACAGCGGCUAUCACGUUCACAUUGCUCCCGUAGAAGGCGACCUGCAGUUUCCAUGUGAAGAUUCUACUGUCUACGGCCAUUGGAAUCCACGCUCCGUGAAUCCCAAACUGUCGCCACCACCAGCCCAGGGCAGUACCGAUGAAUACGAACUGGGUGAUCUGAGCGGGAAGUUUGGCACCCUUGACGGAGUUUCUAUGUACGAGCAGUCCUACAACGACUCCCGACUACCACUUUACGGAUACGAGAGCAUCAUCGGUCGUUCAAUUGUGGUUCAUAAGAAGGCGAGUAACCGCCGGUGGGCAUGCAGUACUCUUGAACGCGGUUAUAGCCCAAGUGAAGCCAGGGAAAUUCGAGCGAUCGCAUCGUUCCACCAUCCGGCAGGGUACGCCUACGGGUAUAUCCGGAUGACGCAGCUAAUCGGAAACGAUGGCAGUCAGAGCGAUACCAUCAUCGAGGUGAAGCUGAGAUAUCCGGGAAAGCACGAUCGAAAUAUGACUGCCAACCAUAAUUGGCACAUUUGGGUGAAUCCAGUUGGGGUGGAUGCUACUGUUAAACAAGUUGAGACACGAUGCGUGGCCGCAGGAUACGUAUGGAAUCCGUACUACACACAACUUGCUGAUCCGUUGAAUCAAGAUUUGUACCGCCAGGAGUGUGGACCAGAUAACCCCCUGAGGUGCUACGUAGGUGACGUAUCCGCCCGAUUAGGACCCAUCGACAUCGGUGGACGGCGAAUGGUCUUCGCGGACAGUAACUUUCCGCUAGAAGGGACGCAGAGUGCCCUUGGCAGAGCGAUCGUAAUAUUCGGGCCCGAGUUUUCUGGAGAUCGUUUCGCCUGCGCAAAGAUAGAGCCGGAUCACGACAUCGUCAAGUACAUCAAUUUGAAGAAACCACCGCGAUUUGUGGUGACGCAGUUUUUGGAGGACGUCCGAGCCGUGAUGGGACUUCCCGAGUGGAUGCUGGCGAUCGAUUCACGCAGUACCAAAACUCUGCACAACGACGCCUGUAUUCAGAUGAUCAUUCACUUCAAGGGUCCGAAUGCAUUCCAGAUUGAGCAGGACUUUUCACGGCUGUUGGCCAGCGGAAGACUUGACAGUCCAACCAUUAACAUAUCGGGCUAUGUGAAUGCGAAACGGAAGAAGACACUGUCCUACCGUACCUGUGGAGUGCGUGAUCCGAAUGAUAAAGAUAACCGGAAAGGUUUCUUUAGCAGUGGAAGUGGGGCUGUUGAAUACUCAUUAGGAUUACUGUUACUUGUAAUUAACGUCAUUUGUUUUGUUUAAGAGAAUUUGUGAUAUAAACAGAUCGAUGUUAUCCUAGGUGAUAAUCAAAUACAUUACUCAACAAAAA